AUGCGUCAUGUAAUCGAGCAAUCGGAUUAUGUCGACGACUGCUUUCAUCAGAUAAGACUAUUCAUGCGUCAUGUAAUCGAGCAAUCGGAUUUUGUCGACGACUGCUUUCAUCAGGUUAUGAAGCUUCUGAUUGAGAUACUUAAGAAUUCCGGUUUCCAGCCUACACCUUUUGCACGCUCAGAAUUUUUGCUCUACAAUGUGAGCAAUGACUACACAAAAAAUGGCUCUAUAGUUGAUCAGAAAACCCAGUACAUAGAAGAUUCAAUAGAAGACGAUUCCGAUGGUUCUUGGGUUACGAUAACGUUUGUCUCACGUUCGACAUCGCCCGUAACAGCUCCUCCGCCGUCACCAGUACUACCAGCAAAUCCAGAACCGAUAGAAGCUGUGCUGGAGCUACCAGCUCCUGAGCCGGAGGUGGUUCUGCCACCCCCUACACACCCUUUGUAUAUCACUGAGAAAUCAGUGAUCAUAGAGUGA